AUGGCCCUCUUUCAAACUGGGCUUCGCAGGGCUGCUGCCCAGCUAUCGCCUUGUUUUGCCCGCAGCGGCCAGAGUCUUCAGCGGCAGCUGGCGCUCGCGUCUCCCUCACCGUUGUCCAAGCUAGCCAAGCUCCAGAAAGCUUGCCGAACCUUCACCACAGCCGAGUCGCAGUCCCCCAUGAGCUUACUGGGCGACAAGCUCCUGGCCCAAAAUGCCUUGAAGGCCAAUGCGAAGCCACCGAAGGCUCCAUUCUUUCCCGAGACGACCGACAAAAAAGUCGGCUACUGGCUCCUCGGCAGCGCUGUCAGCGUCUUUGGCAUCGUCGUUUUCGGUGGGCUGACGCGGUUGACAGAGUCCGGCCUGAGCAUUACAGAAUGGAGGCCAGUAACUGGUUCUCUACCGCCGCUCUCCCAGGCCCAGUGGGAGUCCGAAUUCGAAAAGUACCGGGCCUCCCCCGAGUUUAAGCUCAUCAACCCGCACAUGGACCUCUCCGAAUUCAAGAAGAUAUACUACAUGGAGUGGACACACCGUCUCUGGGGGCGCGUCAUUGGCAUGUCCUUUGUGCUGCCAACCGUGUACUUCAUCGCUAGGCGCCGGGUGACGCCUCGGAUGGCUGCCACCCUGGUGGGCAUUUCGGGCCUCAUUGGGUUCCAGGGCUUCAUCGGAUGGUGGAUGGUCAAGUCAGGGCUGAAGGAUGACCUCUUUGCCCCAGGUUCACACCCUCGUGUCAGCCAGUAUCGGUUGGCCGCGCACCUUGCCACCGCCUUUGUCUGCUACUCGUGGAUGCUGCUAGCUGGUCUCAGCAUCUUUCGGACCCAUCGCGCACUGCGCAACCCUGAAGCCGCAUCCUCGGCGUUCAAGGCGCUACAGUCGCCCGCCCUGAGGGUGCUCCGCGGUUCUGUUGUGGCCCUCACGGCGCUCAUCUUCACCACUGUCCUCUCUGGCGCCCUGGUCGCCGGCCUUGAUGCAGGACUCAUCUACAAUGACGUUUUCAGUAUGGGUAACGGCAUCGUCCCCCCAACUUCUGAGUUGUGGGAUAAGUUCUACUGCCGUAAAGAAGACGGUUCGGAUCUCUGGUGGCGCAACCUGCUCGAGAAUCCCUCCCUGGUCCAGCUCGACCACCGUAUCCUGGCAACGACAACCCUCACAGCCGUGCUGGCGCUUUUCGCCUACAGUCGGACGGGCCGGGUAAAGGUUGCGAUUCCUAAAGACGUGCGCAAGGGCGUCAACGGCCUGGUGCAUCUCGCAUCUUUGCAGGUGGCGCUCGGCAUCAGCACUCUCAUCUAUAUUGUUCCCGUUCCUUUAGCAGCAGCCCACCAGGCUGGAGCCCUCGCUCUGUUGACGGGCGCUUUGAUUGUCGGCCAGCGUCUGCGUAUUCCAAGGAGUACUAUGGCGUUGGUGCAAAGGAAGCUUCUGAAGAGGGCUCCGGUGGAAAGGUUAUCGGGCGCUAUCCGACGUGUGUGA